AUGGCCGCACGUACCGCGCUGUCGUCUGCUCAAAAGAAAUUGUUCGGGCGGUCCCGGGCCAGCCGCAGGCCACCAGGCUUGCGAAAAACGAACAUGCAUUCAAGCAAUCCCGGACCAGUGGGCGUAGCUUCCAGUUGGUCCCCGAGAAAAACGAAUGCGGCGCCGUCCGGGGCCAUCCGGGACGUCGUUGACACGAGCGAAUAUGCGAGGAACGGCGACUUUGCCCCGUCGCGUAUCGAAGCGCAGGCAGAAGCAGUAGAAGUCGUCUGUAACUCGACGACUGAAAACCCAGGCAGUGAAGUGGCCCUUAUGACUAUGGUGGGCCCUGAAGUCCAGGUGACGCUCACCAAUGACGUCGAACGACUUCAGCGCAGACUCGCACAGCUCCAACCCAAAGGCUACAUUAAUUUUGUGGCAGCUGUCCAUCUUGCCCGUGUGAUUCUCAGGAAUCAAAGAGAGAAAAACCGCAAGAAGAGGAUUGUUAUUUUUGUUGGAAGUCCAGUCUGCACCACUCCUGAAGAGCUCACAGUACUUGCUACACUAUUGAAGACAGAGAAAGUGCAUGUGGAUAUUGUGAACUUUGGGGAAUAUGUGGAAAACUAUGGGCAGCUGACAAUUUUCACCAGCAUUCUUAAUGGAGAUGGUACCAGCAGCUCAUGCCUGGUGACAGUGCCAGCAGGCAAUAUCCUCAGCAAAGUGGUCGCUGGCAGUGCAAUAGUCCAAGGUGAAAAAAGCCGAAGAGACCCCAACUUUUAUCUUGAUUUUGAAGAUGAUGAUCCAGCUUGGCUUCUGGUCUAUAACAAGUUGAUGAAUGUAUUGAAGUAUCUCAAGAUACAAUUGGCAUGUACCGUAUAG